AUUGCGUCUCUAUGGUGAAAGGUCCAGGCGCAUUGCAUUGUGGGAGCUCGGAGGAGGCUCAGUUGUCAUAGGAAAAAUGGCUGCGGUCGUGUUCUCCUUGAGAUUUAGCGCACCCGUCCUGAGGACUGCAGGGGCCCUACAGGUCUCCCGCGGGGCUCAGACGGCAGCGGCCGCUGCACCGGCUUCUGAGGCUGCGGCAAGAAUCAAGAAGUUUGCGAUCUACAGAUGGGACCCAGAUAAGGCUGGAGACAAGCCGCGCAUGCAGACCUACGAAAUUGACCUAAACACGUGCGGCCCCAUGGUUUUGGACGCUUUAAUCAAGAUAAAAAAUGAUAUCGAUCCGACGCUUACGUUCCGCAGAUCCUGCCGAGAAGGCAUCUGUGGGUCUUGUGCCAUGAACAUCAAUGGCGGUAAUACCCUGGCCUGCACCACAAAAAUUGACACCAAUAUUAAUAAAGUGUCAAAGGUCUACCCUCUUCCCCACAUGUACGUUGUGAAGGACUUAGUGCCAGAUCUGAGUAAUUUCUAUGCCCAGUACAAAUCUAUUGAGCCUUAUCUGAAGAAGAAGGACGAGUCAAUGCAGGGCAAGGAGCAGUAUCUCCAGUCCAUCGAGGAUCGCGAGAAGCUGGAUGGGCUGUACGAAUGCAUUCUGUGUGCCUGCUGCAGUACAAGCUGCCCCAGCUACUGGUGGAACGGGGAUAAAUACCUUGGUCCCGCUGUCCUCAUGCAGGCGUAUCGCUGGAUGAUUGACUCAAGGGAUGACUAUACAGAGGAGCGAUUAGCCAAACUGCAGGAUCCCUUCUCUCUUUAUCGCUGCCACACCAUCAUGAACUGCACCAAGGCCUGCCCCAAGGGUUUAAAUCCUGGGAAAGCUAUUGCUGAAAUCAAGAAGAUGAUGGCAACCUACAAAGAUAAACAAGCGGCCAGCGCAUAAAACUGUACAUAUAUAUAUCCGCUCUCUGGAGUGACGCCUGCCUGCGGUCCUGACAGCGGAGCAAGGACCCAGCAGCACUCGCCUACCCCUUGUACUCCGUGUGCUUCCUAGGGCUUGCAGGCCAUUAGCACUGCUGCUGGGUGUUUGAUUAUAAGUUUCAGGAUGUUAAGAGGUAAUAAACAACUUACGUCUUUAUUUUCCCCAA